AUGGCAGAGCUCAAAGCGAACAUCGGCGUGUACACCGAUCCGGCGCAUAACCUCUGGAUCGACCCCGCCUCGCCGAGCGUGGACGAGAUCAAGGCCGGCUCGACGCUCGAGAAGGGCGAGGUCGUCGUGGCUAUUAGGAGUACCGGGAUCUGCGGAUCGGACAUUCACUUCUGGCAUGCGGGCCAGAUCGGGCCGACGAUGGUCGUGCGCGACAAGCACAUCCUCGGCCACGAAUCCGCCGGCGAGAUCAUCGCGGUGCACGAGUCGGUCAAGUCCCUCAAGGUCGGCGACAAAGUCGCGAUCGAGCCCAACAUCCCGUGCCACACGUGCAAGCCCUGUCUGCACGGCCAGUACAACGGCUGCGAGAACGUCCUCUUCCGCUCGACGCCGCCCGUGCCCGGUCUGCUGCGGCGCUACAUCACGCACCCCGCCGUCUGGUGCCACAAGCUCCCCGCCACAAUGUCCUACGAAGACGGCGCGCUCCUCGAACCCCUCUCCGUCGCCCUCGCCGCCGUCGAGCGCGCCGACCUCCGCCUCGGCCAGGCCGUCGUCAUCUGCGGCGCGGGCCCCAUCGGCCUCGUCUCGCUCCUCUGCGCCAAAGCCGCCGGCGCCGAGCCGAUCCUCAUCACCGAUAUCGACCAGGGGCGGCUCGACUUUGCGAAGAGCCUCGUGGCGGGGAAGCCGGGGACGCUCGCGACGCUGCUGAUUCCGCGCGGGAAGAGCAUUGAGGAGCUGGGGGGUGAUAUGGUGAGCGCGCUGGGCGGGCUCGAGCCGGAUCUGGCGCUGGAGUGUACGGGGGUGGAGAGCAGCAUUGGCGCGGCGAUCCACGCCGUGCGGUUUGGAGGGAAAGUGUUCGUGAUCGGCGUAGGGAAGGACACGAUGAGCUUCCCGUUCAUGCGCCUCUCGGCGCGCGAGAUCGAUCUAAGGUUCCAGUACCGCUACGCCAACACGUGGCCGCGCGCGAUUCGGUUGGUGGACUCGGGCGUGCUGGCGGAUAUUAGGAAGCUCGUGACGCAUCGGUUCGAUUUGGAGGAUGCGGUUAAGGCGUUUGAGACGAGUGCGGAUCCGAAGACGGGGGCUAUUAAGGUGCAGAUUACCAACUUGUAG